AUCAAAAUCAAAAACCAGAGGAAAAGAAAAAGAAUUCUGUAGAGAAAAAAAUGUCAGGAAGAGGAAAAGGAGGAAAGGGUUUGGGAAAGGGAGGAGCAAAGAGACACAGGAAGGUAUUGAGAGACAAUAUCCAGGGAAUCACAAAGCCAGCAAUCAGAAGAUUAGCAAGGAGAGGUGGAGUGAAACGUAUCAGCGGAUUGAUUUAUGAAGAGACUCGUGGUGUUCUUAAGAUCUUUCUGGAGAAUGUGAUCCGUGAUGCUGUUACUUACACUGAGCAUGCUAGGAGGAAGACUGUCACUGCUCUUACUGGUUUUGUGAUUGAUGCAUAUAGAAAAAUUGUUCUUAAGAUCUUUCUUGAGAAUGUGAUUCAUGAUACUGUUACAUACACUGAACAUGCUAGAAGAAAGACUGUUACUGCUAUGGAUGUUGUCUAUGCUCUCAAGAGACAAGGAUGA